CAAUUAGAAUCUGAAGAUUCGAUGACAGAAAUUACAAUUAAAAAGAAAUUAAAAAUAAAAUCUCCGAUCGAUUCUCAAAGUUGUGAUAAUUCGAAAACUUUAGACACAAUUGAAACUAAAGACGAUUCAAGUAUUUAUAUUCCUUCUGAUAAUAUCAAACAAAAAAUAUCUUUUAUUUCUGUUGAAGAAGAAGAAGACUCUUUACAUACAUUUCGGUUACCGAAACCAAAUCAAGAAGAAAGCGCUAGUUUUACGUUGGAUGAGAAAAAGACAGACAUUAAUGAUAUUUCGACUGACAUUACUAUAAAGAAAAAAUUAAAACCAAGAGUUAUAAUCAAAGAAGAAAUCUUUGACAUUUCUGAUGAUAAUAAACCAAAGAUUGAGAGAAAAGAUGAAGAAAAUUUAGGUUUUGUUACGUUUCCUUCUGAAGAUAGUGAUAAUGAAAGUCAAAUAAUGAAUUUAAGACAAAGAGUUGAUAUCGUAGAAGAAAGUGCUGACAUUUGUUUAGAUAAAAAUUCAGAUAUCGAUUAUAAAGACGAGUCAAAUGUUGUUUCGAUAACCUUUCCCACAGAUGAUAGUGAUAUCGAAACGCAAACAUUUAAAUUGAGAAAAGAUCGCAAAGUAAUCAACGAAGAAGAAGAUCAGGUCUUUAAUAUUGCUCUUAAAAGAGGUCCAAAAAUUGAAGAAACGAGUGAACUAUUUGAGAGUGAAUUUAGUAUUAAAAGAAUUACUGAAUCAAAAGUUAAAGACUUUUAUUCAGAGACUGAAAAGAGUUUUCAAUUGUUUUUAAAUCAAAAGAAAAAAACAGAAAAAAUAAAAUUUGAAGAAGAAUUGGAUGAAAGCGAAACUGAAUUGACUCUCAAACGAGAGCGAGAUAUUAAAGAACUAAGUGUUACGACUAUCAGAAAAGACAUUCAGGUUCAAGAAUUGAUUGCAACGAUGACAAUGGUCUCACAAACACCAGAAUUGUUGUCUGUAUCAGAAGGAGAUCGACUGUAUGUCGUUGAAAGGCAUACAAGCGACUGGUGGUUCGUUAGAAAGAGAUUAACCAACGAAAGUGGUUAUAUUCAGUCCCGUAAUGUAGUCGACACCGACACCUAUACUAAUAUACUUAAGGACAAAGUCGUCCAAAAGAUAGAAAAAUUGCCGAUUUAUCAAAUCGAAGAACCGGAUGACACAUUUGCACCGCGAUUUGUCAAACGUUUUCAAAGUAUUAGCGCAUCAAUUGGCGAAAGAGUAGUCUUCGAGUGUCAGGUUGAGGGCAAUCCCAGGCCAACAAUCACAUGGUUUAAACACUCGGCUAUUUUGAAAGAAAACAAUGAAAUAAAGAUGUUUUACGAGGAGAACAAUAUAGCAAAACUCGUUAUCAUAGAAGUAUUCGCUGAAGACGCGGCUAAAUAUACAGUUGUAGCCAAAAACAGUGUCGGAUAUGUUUCACAUACGGUUGAUCUUAAUGUCGAUGUCGAAGACAUCUUAGACAUAGAAUCGGUGGCCACAAGUCGUAAGAGUAUGUCUCGCGAGUCAUCUCUGGCCAACAUAAUAGAAGGCAUACCUCCUGUGUUUGCAGAACCGCCAACAAGUGUUGAAAUCAAAAGAGGACAUCCUUUCACUUUGGAAGUCUGUGUCAGCACACAAACAAAGCCAAAGAUUAAAUGGUUUAGAAAUGGAAAAGAAAUCAAAGAAACAAAACGAAUCAAAAUGACAUCAAUUGAAGAUAUUUAUCACUUUAAAUAUCAGUUACACUUUGAAAAAUCUGUUGAUGACGAAGGAGUGUAUGAGAUAUUUGCUGAAAAUAAUGACGGAAACGCUUCAACUAAUAUCGUCGUCUAUUUCGAAGAUAACAAACAAAAGCCUCAAUUUAUACAAAAAUUUGAUGAUCUUAUUGUUGAAGAAGAGUCUGAUGUGACUCUUGCUGUCAAAUAUACAGCAAAUCCAAGACCUGACAUAUAUUGGUUUAGAAAUGAUAAAACAAUUAAAAGUCAAACAAUUAGUUUUAAACAAAAAGAUUACACAAAUGAAAGUCGUAUUACAUUAGAAAAAGUGAUCAAAGAUAAGCAUUCGGGUGUUUAUAAAUGUGUGGCCAUUAAUGCCGUCGGAAAAUGUGAACAUUUGGCUCAACUUCGAGUUAUAACCAAAGGGUUGAGAUUUAUUGAAAGAUUACAAGAAUUAGAAGUUCAAGAAAAUAGUCAAACAUUAUUAGUGGUGAAAAUCUCGAGUGAAGAGGAAGACGUCAAAUGGGCUAAAGAUGGCCAACAAAUCGAUUCAAAUGAUCUAAACUAUGAAUUUAUUAAAGAAGGCUUUUAUCGUAAAUUACUCGUAAAAAAUACACGAAUUGAUAGCGAAGGAGAAUAUACGUGUGUUUUGGGUACUGAUAAUGAAUGUUCAGCCGAUCUCAUUGUCAUUGAAUUACCGCCAAAGAUAUUAACUAAAUUAGAGGAUAAAAUAUGUGUUUUGGGACAAACUGUUAGUUUUAAUAUUGAAGUUUCAAAAGGAGAUGCUAUUGUCGAGUGGUUUAAAGAUAAUUACGAAAUCAAAUUUAAUGACAGAAUUAAAUUGACAAUUAAUGGCAAACAACAAGAACUGAUGAUUAUUAAUAUCACUGAAGACGAUGAAGGAGUUUAUAGCUGUAAAUUAGGUCAACAAAAAUAUAGCGCUAAACUUAAAGUAGAGUUAAAAUCAGUUGAAUUCAUACAACAAGAUGAAGAGUCAGUUAGUAUGGAUGAUAAUAUUGUUGAACCGUCACCACCAAUGGGUCCAUUGAUGACAUCUGACAAUACAGACAAUUCGUUUACAUUGAAUUGGAAUCCACCAAAAAGUGACGGAAAUUCAACAAUAAUUGAAUACAUCAUCGAAAGGAAGGAAAGCACUAAAAAAAUUUGGCAAAAAUGUGGAUCAGUUGAUGGAAAUACGUUGUCAUUGAAUGUGACGAAUCUUAAGAAGGAGAUGGCCUAUCAUUUUCGCAUUACUUGCAGAAACAAAGUCGGCAUAAGUUUGCCAUUGGCUACGGAAGAGACUAUCACACCUCGAAGCAGGUUUGGCGCGCCAUCAAUGCCCGGCCGACCACUUCAAGUCAUAGAAAUGACUAACACAUCGCUAACAUUGUCGUGGACUAAGCCGUUAUCGACGGGUGGCGUUGAACUCACUUCUUAUAUACUCGAAAGACGACUUAUUUCUGAAAGCAAUUGGAUUAGAGUCGACACAAUUGAUCCACAGAUAACUAACUGUACCAUUAAAAACCUGUCAGCAAAACAUCAAUACUUUUUCAGAGUUAUUGCUGAAAAUCCUUUAGGACUCAGUCCUCCACUUGAAACAGAAACUGCCCUCAAGUUAUCCCUUACAGCAGAUAACCCAGGAAUACCUACGGGACCUCUUGAGACACGUAUAGUAGGUCCGAGUGCUAUAGUUGUCGAAUGGGGCAAACCUGACACCGAUGGCGGCGCACCUAUACUUAGCUAUGUUGUGGUAGCCAGAGAUGUAAGAAGAACAAUGUGGAUGGAGGUGGGUCACGUCGAGGCAGACACACAUCGACUUCAGAUUAAAGACUUACAGGAAGGACAUCAAUAUUUAGUGAGAAUUAUGGCCCGAAAUGAAGUCGGACUCAGCGAACCCUUAGAAAUGUUUGAACCGUUAAAACUUGUCAGACCUCCAGGAACCACUGAAUGGGAACAAGAGGUGGAAGUGGAAAGGGCUGACACACCGUCACUGAGUUUCACUACAACCGAGACCUCGUCGUGGAUGAGAGAGGCCGGCGUUGAGGCCAACAUCACAUCAUAUACUAGACAUAGACUUCUUCACCGAAGAGAAUACUUCUUCAAGUUAUGGGUCAAUGCGGACAAACUCUUCAAGUGAUCUAUUGUUUCA